AUGGCGUCCAACCAGGCGGCUUCGCAGCCUGUGCUGCCCGAGUCUGGCAAGAGGAAUAUCUUGAUUACAAGUGCCCUGCCAUAUGUGAAUGCAUACCCGCAUCUGGGUAAUCUGAUCGGAAGUGUCUUGUCGGCCGAUGUCUAUGCUCGCUAUUGCAGAGCACGUGGGUACCAAACCCUCUACAUCUGUGGUUCUGAUGAGUACGGAACCGCGACGGAAACGAAGGCUCUCGAAGAGGGAGUUGACCCAGAGACGCUUUGCGCCAAGUAUCGAGCCCUCCACAAAUCCGUUUAUGACUGGUUUGGCAUCGGCUUCGACAUCUUCGAUCGCACCCCGACCAAGCAUCAAACUGCUAUUGUCCAGGAAAUAUUCAGCGACCUGUAUAAGAACGGAUACAUUGAGGAGCGAGAGAGUGCGCAGCCCUUCUGCCCUGUAGAAUCACACAAUACUUUCCUCGCCGAUCGCUUUGUUGAGGGCGAGUGUUCUAUCUGCCACGACAAAGGAGCUAGAGGAGACCAAUGCGAUGCCUGUGGUGCCAUGCUAGACCCUCUCAAACCCGAACAAGAUGCAUCUAACGCAGAUGGCCAGGCAGAUGAGGCUAAGGCUACCGGUUGGCUCAUCAACCCUCGCUGCAAGGUCGACGGUGCAACUCCCGAAAGACGGACGACGAAGCAUCUUUAUCUGAAGCUAGACGCUCUUCAAGAGCGGGUCGUUGAGUGGUAUAAGUCAGCGACCCAGAAGGGAAACUGGAGCACCAAUGCGCUGGCCAUUGCUCAGGCAUGGAUCGACAAGGGUCUCCAACCCCGUGCCAUCACCCGAGAUCUUCGUUGGGGUGUACCCAUUCCUGCGGUUGAGGGUCUCAAUGUAGAGGAAUAUCUCAACAAGGUAUUCUAUGUCUGGUUCGAUGCCUGCAUUGGAUAUGUUUCUAUCACCAAGACCUACACGGACGGUGACGACUUGGCGGGCACCAAGUGGGAGCAGUGGUGGAAGAACCCCGAGAAUGUGACGCUUAUGCAAUUCAUGGGCAAGGACAACGUGACAUUCCACAGUAUUGUAUUCCCAUCGUCGCAGGUUGGAACAAACCAGGAAUGGACAAAGGUCCACAAAAUCUCUGCGACUGAAUAUCUCAACUACGAGGGUGGUAAAUUCAGCAAGUCCCGAGGUGUUGGUGUUUUUGGCCACAACGCCAAAGAUACUGGCGUCGACCCUGAUAUUUGGCGGUUCUACCUCCUCUCGCGCCGACCUGAGACUGCUGACACCGAGUUCAAGUGGGAAGAGUUCCUCGACACCAACAACAACGAGCUACUGAAGAACCUCGGUAACUUCAUCAACCGAGUUCUCAAGUUCUGCGUCGCUAAGCUGGAUGGAGUCGUCCCCGAAUCUAGCUAUACCGACGAUGUCAUUGACGAGCACAAGAAGGCCACUAACCAGGCUCUCUCGCUCUACAUUGAGCAUCUUGAGGGUACAAGACUCCGUGCCGGUGUCACUGAUAUUCUUGACAUAUCCCAGCUUGGAAACAAGUUUUUGCAAGCGAACAAGCUCGAUAGCAGACUGCUCACCGAGGAGCCCGAGCGCUGCAAGGCUGUCAUUCGCGUCGCCAUCAGCCACAUCCAGCUCCUGGCUAACCUCGUUACUCCUUAUAUGCCUGGCAUUGGCGCCGCCAUCUUCAGCCAGCUGGGCAUUGAACCCACGACUAGUAUCCCCGACGUUUGGGAUUUCGACUCGAUUGUGGCCGGCCACAAGAUUGGCACACCCAAGCCACUUUUCUCCAUCAUCCCAUCCUCCAAGAUUGAGGAAUGGCAACUCGCAUAUGGCGGAGAGGAGCUAAAGCGACAGAAGGCUCUGCAGGCGGAGAAGGCGGCUGCAAAGGCGGCUGCUAAGAAGGCCAAGAAGCAGAAGUCCAAGGAGAAGAAGGACAAGGAGAAGGAGGCGGGAGGUCCGGCUCCGGUCCCAGUAGAGUCAGUUGGCAAGGAGGUGGCAGAUCUCUCGCUCAAGGAUAAAAACUAA